GUACAGGAUAGAGAGUCGAGCCAGACCAGAUGAAAACAAGAAAAAGAACACAACGUAGAGAAUUCCUACAAUACUUUUCUGAUCCAACUGUUUUCAGUAUGUCCAAGCAGUAAACAAAUUUGGUAUGCUGUUGUUUGUUGUAAUACAAAUAUUACUAUGGACUGCACCAGCUUUUGCCAUAUUGAGCCUUACAGCUAGCCCGUUCUUUACAACGGAGUCAUUGAAUAGUACUGGAAUCGAAGAGCCCAAACAAACAUUUACUGUUCCUCUUGAUUUAGACCUUGAAACCAUUGAAACUGAUCCAGUCACAGAUGGAGGAACUGAAGUAAAUUCCCAGAGUGCUAUGACAUCAACAGUGACCCCUGUUUUAAGCAAUGUGACAGAUGGAGGGGAGAACAAUAUUAAACUGCAAGAACUGUCUACUACCAGUAUUGAUCUGAAGCAACCAAUUACUUUGGAUGCAUUCAACAUGUCCAGCACUGAAGGUCCUGCUUCUGCAAUAGGCAGUGCUUCUAAAGAGACCGGGAACAAUAGCACCUUAAUCCCAUUACUAGACACUAACAAAGCCAAUCCGUUUGAUGAACAGUUAGAAUCUUUCUUGGAAAUUCCAAUGGAAAACAGUACAGUGGGAAAAGAGUGCUUCUGUAAUAUUCCCGGACCUGCUGGACAAAAGGGAGAUAAAGGUGACACAGGGGAUCCAGGUGAACCUGGGAAAGAUGGUAAAAGAGGACCUCAAGGAUUGGAAGGUGUCAAGGGAAAAAAGGGCCUUCCAGGUUCUAAAGGAGAUACAGGCCUUAAAGGUGAUAAGGGAGAUGUAGGCCUCAUUGGACCAAAAGGGGAACAAGGAGCCAAUUGUGCUGUUUGUGAAAGAGGUGAAAAGGGGGAACAGGGAGAUCCUGGUAAAGAUGGUGCUGAAGGAUUGCAAGGUACCAAAGGUGAACCAGGUAUUGACGGUACAAAAGGUGACAAUGGACCUAAAGGAGAUCCUGGCGAAAAGGGAUCAAAUGGCAUGAAUGGGGCACCUGGAGUUCCUGGGGAAGCUGGGACAAAGGGAGCUAUGGGACCAAGAGGCCCUGCUGGACCAAAAGGUGAUCAAGGAAUGUUAGGAGCUAUGGGACCACCAGGUAAUCGUGGAUCUGCAGGAAUACCAGGAAGGAAGGGAGAUAAAGGGCAGAAAGGAUCACAGUCUGACCAUGACAACAUUGCGUUUUCUGUGGGUGUCCGAGGACAGAGGAACAUUUUGUUACCAGGACGUCCUAUAAGAUUUGAUAAAGUUUUUAUUAAUGAAAAUAAACCAUACAGUGUAAACUCAGGUAUAUUUGUAGCCAAUAUUGAAGGUGUGUACUUUUUUACAUAUCAUAUAAGUAUUUUGCACCCUCUUAUGAUUGGCCUGGCUCACAAUGGUAAGAUUGUUAUACAGACACAAGCCAGGCAGUGUGAGCGCAGUGUUUGCCAAGCUUCCGGAUCGGUUCUGCUCCAUCUUAGAGAAGAUGAUGAGAUUUGGCUUCAGGUUUUAACUGGUGCCCAAAAAGAAUUGAUUUCUGAUGAAUCCGACUCGCUCUUCACAGGAUUUAUACUGUAUUCUCUUGAAGACUAAGGCUAUAAUUUAAGAGACUGAAAGCUGUGCUUGAGCAUUUUGCAUUUGAAUUAUUAAAUAAUGGAAUGCAUUUCACCACUUAUGAGCAGUAAAGAGACGGAAAACAUUGUCAAGCCUGUCAUUUUAUAAAUUCUCAAUUGGCUGCAUAUGGGACAGUAUGACCCUGUCAUCAUCACACAAGUCAUGGUUACUUUUCCCAGAUACUGAGCAUGAAAUUGCCCAAAACUAUCCCAAUUCAUCAAUUUAUUUAUGCAAUUUUCAUUAUAAUUAUGUUAAAUAUAGAUUUUUAAAAAGCAAAACUGCCAUAAUGAUAUGAUUAAAGUUUAUAAAUAUAGGCAUCGUGUAAUAAAACCUGUGACCAGGCAAUUAAAACUAGUAACACAAUUAAGGUUGUGUUUUUACAUAAUGUAACACAGAAAGUCUAGCUGUAAAGGCCACAUUUAGAUAUAGUAUAUUUUCGGAUGAAAUUCUGAAAUUGUGGCAUGGAUUUUAUUGUUCCACAGCAGAUGUAUUAUAUUAUGGCACAUGUGCAAAACGCUUAGCAAAAUUAGCUUGUAAUGCAUGCAGAUUUGGUUGCAGACGAGUGGCAAGAUCCACAAUUAAAAAAAUUCCUAAUAUCUUAUCUCUAACCAUGCAGAGUCAACUUUCUGUUAGAUUGGAAUACAAAUUUACCAAAGGGAAAACAGAUAAUUAGGUCUUUAUUGCAAAGUAUCCUGGGUGACAAUGGGUUAAAGGGGUUAUCCAGGAAAAACUUUUGUUAUAUAUCAACUGGCUCCAGAAAGUUAAACAGAUUAUUUCUGUUAAAAAAAUCUUAAUACGUUCAGUACUUAUGAGCUGCUGAAGUUGAGUUGUUCUUUUCUGGCUGAGUGCUCUCUGAUGACACCUGUCUCGGGAACUGUCCAGAGUAGAAGCAAAUCCCCAUAGCAAACCUCUCCUACUCUGUGCAGUUCCUGAGACAGACAGAGGUGUCAGCAGAGAGCACUGUUGUCAGACAGAAAAUAACAACUCAACUUCAGCAGCUGAUAAGUACUGGAAGGAUUAAGAUUUUUAAUAGAAGUAAUUUAUAAAUCUGUUUAACUUUCUGGAGACAGUUGAUACAUAAAAAAAAAAUUCCCCUGGAAUAGCCCUUUAACAACAAAUACCUGUAACUCAUAAUGUAUACGGACCUAGUCCUACUCCUCCGGGAAAACUUAAAAGGUGUACUUCACUAUUUUAAAAUGUGUCCCCUAUAAGCAGGAUAGGAGAAAAGCAUCUCAUUGUAAGGGGGUGUGACCUCUUAGACCUCCUGUGUUCUCCAGAAUGGGGUCCAGGCUCUUCAUGUGCAUGUGCUCCCAAAGAGAAUGCAUGGAGCACAUGCCGACAUGCCACUUUAUGCACAGGGAGUGCUAGGGCUAUAUUCAGAAGAUUACAGGGGGUCCCAGAGGAUGGACUCCCCCGCGAUCAGACACCUAUCCCCUAUCCUGUAAAUAGGAUGAAGUAGUGGAGAUCCUUUUUAAAAGGAAUGCAUUGAUAAACCAGAAUCAUAUUUAGGAUUACCGAGGGUUGGAAUGUCACUGAUCACAAUGUAAUGGCAUGCCCAAGUAAUAGACUACCACUUUUUAAAGUGUUACUGUCACUUAUAUAAACUUUGCAGACAUGUCAAAAGUUUAGAUUGCAUCAGGUCCCAGUACUGAGACCUACUGUGAUUGUAAGUUAUAACUGGCUCAAGUGCAUGGUAGGAAGCUUCACUCCCUGGAUGGCCAUUUUGACUAAUGUGCCCCAUAAGCUAUAAUCGAGUGUAUUAGGGGGUUGGAGGGCAGGCAAGAGAGUAAAGCAUACCACUGUGCACUUCAGACUGUUAUAACUCACAGUUUCAGCAGGUCUCAUGGCUAAAACUUUGUGAGAUCUGAACUUUUGACAUGUCUGGACAACAUGCCAAAUGUUUAUAUAAGUGACAGUAACACUUUAAGUUGAAAAAAUCCCUUAAGUCAUUAUUUACAUAAGACUAAACAAUCCAUAAAAGCUUUUAUGUGACAUGAAAUAUUAAAAGAACAUGUGUUACACAUUAAUGUUAGGCAAAUUCCAGUAUAAUAUGAGUCAGUGUAGGAUGUUGCAUUUUUAUUGCAUGUUUCAAAAGGUAAAAAGAACCAAAGACUAAAAAUAUGAUGUGUAAAGUGAACAAUGGCAAAGCUGAACAACAUCUAUCCAGAAUAUAACUUAUACUGUAUUACCUUCAAUACUAGGUGGACCACAUAUUAACUGACAUUUAGAUAUUUUGUAAUGCUUUUGAUACUGAUGUAUCACUCUGUUUGCCUUCAGGUUUAUUUAAAGAAUUUUAAUUUUCAUUUCACCUUUCCAGGUUUUUCUUUUGUUGAUGGAUUUAAUCUUUUGUACACAAUAAAAUGUUGUAUAAAAUGGUUUCCUGUAUUCAUAAACCAUAUUAGAAAUAGCCAACAGAUAAUGUUCAUAAAUGAA